AUGGGGAGCAGCAGCAGCUGCAGUGCUUUCGUCUCAGCAGCAGCAAGCCCUAAAAGCCAGCUGCUGCGGCGGCUUCCUUGCGGAGUCGCAGCAGCAACUUCUGCUGCUGUCCGCGGUGGUGCUGCUGCUGCCGCGAAUGUUUCUGCGUGUAAAACCUCCCUAGCAGCAGGAACAGCAGCAGCAGCAGCAGCAGCUGCUGCUGCUGCUGCAGAGAGCUGGGAGCCACGCAACUCUACCUUGAGGGACCUGCUGCAGCGGCAGCUGCUGGCGACAGUUAGCGACCUGAAGGAGCUUGACUGCAUUCUCAGCUCAAACCAAGCAGCAGCAGCAGCAGCAGCAGCAGAAAACCAAGCAGCAGCAGCAGCGGAAGGGCCAGGACGUGGGCGAACUCCGCCUGCCGUCGCUGCGGCAGAUGAUGCUGCUAUUCGCCUGCUGCAGCCAUUUUCGCUGCACGAAACCAGCAGCAGCAGCAGCAGCAGCAGCUGCAGCAGCAAACGCGUGUCCUUUUACAUUGGCAUUGACAUGACGGGGCCCUCUUUGCAUGCAGGGCAUUUGCUGCCGCUGCUGCUGCUGCGGCGCCUCUGGCUGCAAGAGGGGGUGCAGCCGGUGCUGCUGCUAGGGACUGCAACGGCGCGUGUUGCGCUGCAGGUGCGCAGAGGCAGCAGCAGCAGCAGCAGCAGCAGCACCAGCGAGAGUUUGCUGCUGCAGCUUCUAGGCUGCGAGCAUUGGAGGCAGUACGACGCGGAAAUCGAGGCUAACUGCAGCAGCGUGCUGCAGCAGCUGCGCCGCAUUUUCUCCCCUCCCCCUGCAGCAGCAGCAGCAGCAAGCACUGCUGCUGCUGCUGCUGCAGCAGACCAGCAGCAGCAACUGCCAAAGCCUAUUGUUGUAAGAAAUGAUAAAUGGCUGGAGAAGAUUCCUCUUGGGGCUUUUCUUUCAUGUGCUGCCCGUCGGCUGCCUCUGGCUGACAUUCUUCCGCGAGCAGCAGCAGCAGCAGAGAGGCAGCAGCAGCAGCAGCAGCAGCAGCUUUUGGGCGUGGGCACUGCAGCAGCAACAGCAGCAGACAUCGGCUACGCGCUGCUGCAGGCCCUAGACUUCGUGCUGCUGUCGCAGUGCCUCCGCUGCUGCUGCCAAAUAGGCGGCCGUGACCAGUGGAGAAAUAUUUCCACGGGUCUCCACGUCGCCCGCCGUUUGCUGCAGCAGCAGCAGCAGCAGCAGCAGCAGUGGCUGGUGGGCGUAACUACUGAGCUGCUGGAGGGGAGCGGGAACUGCAAGAUGGGCAAAAGUGAGGGGCCCCGGGGGGCCCCCCUGCUGUUGCUCUGGUUUUCCGACAGGCCGGCAGCAGAAAUUAUUAGGGACACCCAAGACAACUCGCCUGCAAACACAAAUCGGCUCAAACGGGAACUAGCAGACGAAUUGACUCGACUUGUUCAUGGGGAGGAGGGCUUUCAGCGUGCUCAAGCCUCUCUGUCUUUUCUUCCAGUCCACCGCAGCAGUAGCAGCAGCAGCAGCAGAAGUUGCGGCAACAACAGCAGCGCCAAGAGCUCAGCGGAGAACGAGGCCUGUAUUCCCGUGCAGCUGCUGCCGACCCACUUUAUCUCCCGAUCAAGCUUCCACGAAGGUGUGGGGCCUCCUUUGCCGCGACUCAUGAGGGCCCUCGCCCUCUCGCCUUCGGCCCUGGAAGCCUCGCGGCUGCUGAGAGAUGGGGCAGUUCGUUUGAAUGGAGAAAAACUCGCGGACCCUGGCCGCCGCUUGCUGCUGACAGAUUUCAAGCAGCAGCAGCAGCAGCAGCAGCAAGAGCUGCAGCUGCGGUCACCACAGGAACAGCAGCAAGAGCUGCAACUGCAAUCAUCGCAAACGGCGCAGCAGCAGCAUCUGCUGGAGGAGCACCCACUGCAGCAGGCAACCCAGCUGCAGCAACAGCAGCAGCAGCAGCAGCAGCAGCUAAAAGGGGCAGCAGUGGCAGUACUGACUGUGGGGAAGAACCGCUUUGCAGCGCUGAGUAUAUCCGAGUCUGAAAAAGAGGGGCCCAAUUUAGCAGUUUGGGCUGCGCCGCAGCCUUAG